CUGCUCCGAGCUGCCGCCGAUGCGGUGGCGGUGACGGAUCGACGGUGGUGGUGGUGGGGGAGGAGGCCGGGGGCGCCCGCGGUGGCGAGGGGGGGUAGGGUGCUCGCCGCGCGAUCUGCUGAUCCGGGACAUGCGUGAGGCGGGAGUGUUUUAGCAAGGCCGUUGUUGCUGGAUUUCCUUUUUUUUUUGUGUGUUGGAACUGGAAUGGGACAUAACGGUUCCAAGCGGAGUCCGACACGGGGGGCUGAAGACGGAGGAAUGAAGGAUUUGGAGAAGUCUACCCCCUUGGAGUUUAACGAGCCCACCAGUGAUGGUGAUGUGGAUCUUGGUGGAGGGCUCACUGUGGUGGGGAGGAAAAGAAAGGAUGGAAGGGGUUCUGUGGAUGAGAAUGGGGGCUCCACAAAGAGGAUUCCGAGGUCAAGCUCAAUGAGUCUGCAUGUUGAUGCUGAGACAGCAGGGGAUUUGGCUUUGGAUGUUUGCCAGGGUAAGAGUCUGGAGAAGAAACAAUGUGAUGUCAAAGCUGAGGGGGAUAGAGGAGGGAUGCUGACAGUUGAUUCUUGCAAUGCUGAGGAAGACAGGGAAGUAACUGAUGUGAUUGUGAGUGAUGCCGUGGUAGAGGAAGUUAGGUGUUCUGUGAAUAAUGUGGAAAGUUUUGGUCUUGCUGAGGUUGAAGUCGCUGAAGGGAAUGGCUUUGGCACUGACAUUCUGGAAUCUGAUGUUAAGACAGAGAAGGCAGAUGACAAAAUGUCUACACCUUCUGAGGAGCAGAAUGAAUCUGGAGGGGGAACAAGCGUAAUGUGCAUCAAUGAUUCCCAGGAAAACAAGGGGAUUAAUGGGCCUUGCCAGGGAGAGGUCAUAGACCCAUCAGCUACAGCAAAUGGUGAUGAGUUGAGCAUGGGUUUAAGCAGAAGCAACCUUACAAAUGGACAGGAAUCUAUUGAGGAAGAGGAUACCAUUGUGCGUGAUAGUGAUGAUCAGAAAAUUGAGAAGCAUUGUCAGGUUGAUGAUGUGCAUAAAGAAUCUGAGAUUUCUCCGAUUGAAAAUGGAAGAUGCACAGUUGAUAACCACAUUAUGCUAACUGAUUGCACUAACCAGAGAAAGGGGAUGGACAGUCCUGUGAAUGAAACUAAGGGGGAUUCAACUCCCGACAUAGUAUUUAUAAGGAGAAAGUCCAUAACUAGAAAAACAUGUGAGGCAAAGCAGUUGAAAUCUGAAGAGGAGGUUCAAUUUGAGAAGCGAGUUACAAGGUCUGCUACGGUUAGACAGAGAGAGGUUUCUUCUGCGUGCAUAAGUGCUACAACUGAUGCUAACUUGGAAAGCAAAGAGAUGAAGGAAGAUGUUCUCCAUCAUUAUACAAGGAAGGCGGGCAGUACUGUACGCUCAAAAACUCAUCACAUGGAGGUGGCAGAAUGUGACACUAAUACAAAGAAGAAACUAAAAGGAAAUGUUACCACUCGAAGAAACUCAGGCGUCACUGGCAAUGGUGAUCAUGCAAGUAUCAUGCAUAAUAAGGAAUCACAAACUGAGAUGAAGACCAAUUUGAAGUCUCAACCACUCACAAGAAGGGGUAGCAUUGUAAAUAAAACAGAAGAUGCGGUCUCUGGAUUGGAUCACAAUGUCUGUAGUUCAGCCAUUACUGAUAAAAAUGAUGUAGAGCUUACAGAUUCUGAAGGAGUUAAAUCUGAUAAUAGGACCACUGUGCGGAAACCAAUAUUAUCAGUUGGUGCUAAGAUUGUCGCCAGUAAGAAGAGGAUAUUGGAAUCAGAGCUUGACAAAACUGGCGGAGCAUCUCCAGUUGCAAUACCAUCCAUAAAGAAGGCAAGAGAUACAUCUUCAGACACUAAGCUAGAGCAACCAAAGAAGUCUUCUGGAAAGAAACUUACUAGAAAUAACCGUGGCUUGGAUAAGAAAGGUAUGUCUACCAGACAACAGCAUCGCAGUCAAACAGCUGAGUUGAGGACGUCUGUGAAUCGUUCUAAUAAAAGCGAACGUAAGCCAUCACAAAAUGAAUCUAAUGUUGAUGGAACUGACAGCGAUACCUCCUUAAAGAACACUAGUGUAAGACGCACUCGAAGUGGUGGUCUUGUACCCAAAAAGCAAGAUAAUUCUAGUGAAUCUGAGGAAGUGAUUGUAGUGAGAAAAAACCGUCAAAGAGUAAAAUAUUCUGGGCAGAUUCAAAUGUCUGGAUCUAUACCAACGCAUCCUUCUGGUUCUUCGAGAACAAGCCAUUUUGAUAAAUCUGCUUUAACUAAAUCUGAGCAUAGAUCCUUUUCUCGGCAGGCGGAGAAGGAAAAAAUUAAAGCUCCCAAAGGCAAUAGAAAGGAAGACAAGGCUUCCAGUGUGAAAUCUUCAAGUCCAAGUGAGCAGAUAAAUACAGGAAGUCUCCGUGAAGAGAAACAAAAAAUAAGUGAACAUAUAAAGGGCAUACUUUUAAAUGCUGGCUGGACAAUUGAUCUGAGACCCAGGAAUGGCAGAAAUUACUUGGAUUCUGUUUAUAUACCUCCUAGUGGUAAAGGAUCUUACUGGUCUGUCACCAAAGCUUAUGCUGUGUUCCUCGAAGAUGUGGAGUGUGAGCAAAAGGGUGGAGCCAAAAAUCAAAGACCAUCAAAGAAAUCUGUAGGUAGCCCUGGAAAAAAACAUCUUUCAGAGGAAAUCCUUAGCAAAUUGAAAAGAAUAGUCGUUAAUAAACGGAGAACCAAAGUAGAACUUCUGAAGUUGAAAAAGAGGAGACACAAUUUACUGAAAAACAAGAAAUAUUCUAAGGGCAAGUCAAGGGAAAAGAAAAAUAAAAUUUCAAAUUCGAGAAAGUUGAAUUUAGGCAGUGAAAGAAAAAAACGAGGUGGUUGUGCUCUACGUGCUCGUGGAUCAAAUAAGGAAGGGGGAAGCAGCACUAAUGGUUUUGUUCCAUAUGAAUGGAAACGUACAGUUUUAUCCUGGUUGAUUGAUCUUGAUAUUGUUUGUGUCAAUGCUAAACUGAAAUGUAUGGAUGAAACCCGCACAGAUGUAUUACUGGAAGGUAUAAUCACUAGGGAUGGAAUUAACUGCAGCUGUUGCAGCAAUGUCUUUCCGGUACUUGAGUUUGUGGCUCAUGCUGGGGGUUCAGUCAGCAAACCUUAUAGAAAUUUGCUUGUAGAUGGGAUGGACACUGACCUUUUGCAUUGUCUCAUUAAUGCAUGGGAUAAGCAGUCUGAUUCCGAGAGGAAGGGCUUUUUCCCUAUUAGCACCGAGACAGAUGACCCCAAUGAUGACACAUGUGGUAUAUGCGGUGAUGGAGGCAAUUUGAUCUGCUGUGAUGGAUGUCCCUCAACAUUCCACAUGAAUUGUCUAGAACUUGAGGCUCUUCCCUCUGAUGAUUGGCGUUGCGCUAAAUGCACUUGUAAAUUUUGUCAGAAACAUCCAAGUCAGGAUGCUCAGGACAUUGCUGAAGUUGAUUCUGAACUCUGCACUUGUUUGCAGUGUGAAGAGAAAUAUCACCCAGGCUGUUCUCCUGAGACUACUAGUACAUCCAGUGUCUCCAGUCAGGCAGGCAAUUUUUUCUGCCAACAAAGUUGCAGACUGCUGUCUGAGGGAUUGCAGAAUCUUCUUGCUGUGAAGAAGGAUCUUGAAUCAGAAUUUUCAUGCAGAAUUAUUCAGUGUAUUCAUGAAGAUGUACCAGAAACAGUCAUUGCUUUGGAUGAAAGGGUUGAAUGUAAUUCCAAGAUUGCAGUUGCUCUUUCAUUAAUGGAUGAGUGCUUUCUUCCGAUUCUUGACCAAAGAACUGGUAUCAACUUGAUACGUAAUGUCGUGUACAACUGUGGGUCAAAUUUUGUUCGGAUGGACUUCCGUGGAUUCUAUAUCUUUACUUUAGAACGUGGAGAUGAAAUAAUAGCUGCAGCAUCUGUCAGAAUACAUGGAACCAAGUUAGCAGAGAUGCCAUUCAUUGGUACUCGGAAUAUGUAUCGUCGCCAAGGGAUGUGCCGCCGAUUGCUAGAUGGAAUUGAAAUGAUCCUCAGCUCUCUCAAUGUUGAAAAGUUGAUAAUUCCUGCUAUCGCUGAACUUGUGGACACCUGGACGUCUAAAUUUGGAUUUAGUCCACUUGAUGCUUCUCAAAAGCAAGAAGUCAAGUCUAUCAAUAUAUUAGUUUUUCCUGGUACAGGUCUUCUUCAAAAGCCACUGCUGAAGAAGACUUCACUUGAGGAACACCUGGGAUCUCAAGAAGUUGAUGGUGUUUCCUCUGAGCUCAAGUCUGGGAUAGCUUCUCAUGUGGCCAAUGAAGAUUCUCUUUGUUCUGCAAAUGAUGAGACUCAAGGUUCGGCCGUCACAUAUUAUGUGGACAGCACCAAAGAUGCUAGUGCCUGCAACGAUUGAUAAGCUUCCUUCGCGUUUUUUGGGCCCUGUCAAAAGGCACACCUUUUGACUCGGCAUGCGGUUCUUCAGUUGGCAGAAGUAGCCUGGAUAGAGAGAGGGCGUGUUUUUGAAGAUCCCUUGCGGCAGCACUUCGGUUCUGCUCCAUUGAUGAUUCAAUUGACUCUUUGGUUUUGGUUUGACUUGAAACCAGCCUGUGCAGUGUUGGACUCCGAUCACCCUAACUUUAAGUCGUUUACCUGUAAAGUCAACAUGUAGAACCGGGAUGAUAGUUUUUAUUCCGUGUUUUUUUGGAUGGUUAACUUAGUACCGAAGGCCAGCGUGUGCUGCAAAAAUCUUCGUACAUGUUUCAUUACCUGCUAUGUAGCAGUAGCUUUGUUUUUGCCAGCCCAUUUUUUGCAGCCAGAUCUCAUCUGUGAGACACUAAUGUAUGGGCAAGCAGAAAAAUUCUAGAUAGGCUACCUGUUCUCUCAUGUUUGUACAUCUGAUAGUGUUAUGAGUUAUGCCAUCUAUCCUCGUGUUCUUGUA